AUGGCUUCAGUCUCGGUCAUCAAACAAUCUGUUGUACCUGGCUUACACAUGCCACCGACUUUGGCUGAUCUGAAGCAGUCGUCCAAUUUGUACAAUCAGCUUCCGUCGGACGAAGCGCAGCCGCCCCUUCUUUCAGAUCACUCCCAAGAGAUUCGAAAUAUCUUGCUACGCCACAAUGUCCAGAACAAGUUCGGCAUUCACCUCAUCCAUGAACCCCCGGGCUGCUGGACAAAGCCUAUCCCUGUUGAAGAUGUUGACACUGCCAAUGUACAUGGUCACAUUUUCAAGCUGUCUACGGACGGAAAGUUGGAAGCUUAUGAGUACCGGGAAGGUCCGCCGAUCAAUGUUAGCGAAGUUGAUCCGUCUUUCUUUGAGGAACUUUUCGGUUACCUCCUUGAGCACAACCUGACGGACGUAUUCGGGCUACAAGCAUUACAUGGAUCGUUUUCGCCAAUGAUAGAGCUUGUACUGGGUAAUUCUGGAACAGUAAUGCUCAACGAGGACCAGGCUCAGUAUGGAAAAGUCUACAGGGCUACUGGAUGGAGCAUUGAUCAUGAUCGCGAGAGUGAAGGGUUGACAGACGGCGAGAAGCACGCUCAGACUACGAAGGGUACUCACAGGGUCUUUGUCGAUGAAAUCCCCCUUUCUACCAUUGGGGAGCUGAAGGAGUUUCUCAAGCAGGAAGAAAUCAUUUUGUAG